UGGGAGGCGCAAGCCACACCCCCUUUCUCCCCCCUCCCCUCCCCCCCACGUGCUCUAAGGUCAUCCCAGCGACACGUGGUGCUGCGUGCGGCUCUUGCCACUGCUGCCGCUGCCGCCUCCUCUCCAGAGACGCCGCAGACCUCGCUCACAAUGGCUCAGCAGCUCAAGGACAUCGCUGGGAAGAUGGGGGGCGCCCCUCGGGGUCUGGGCACGGGGCUGAAGUUGCUGAUCGGAGCAGGGGCCCUCGCCUAUGCUGCUAAGGAGGCGACGUACACCGUGGAUGGUGGACAGCGUGCCAUAAUCUUCAGCCGCCUGGGAGGCAUUCAGGAGAAUACCAUCCUGGCCGAGGGGCUGCACUUCAGGAUUCCCUGGUUCCAUUACCCGAUCAUUUACGACAUCCGAGCCAAGCCCAGGAAGAUUUCCUCGCCCACUGGGAGCAAAGACCUGCAGAUGGUGAACAUCACACUGCGCGUGCUGUCGAGGCCCGACGCCUUGAAGCUGCCGCGCAUGUUCCAGCAGCUGGGCCUGGACUACGAGGAGCGCGUGCUGCCCUCCAUCGUCAACGAGGUGCUCAAGAGCGUCGUCGCCAAGUUCAACGCCUCCCAGCUCAUCACGCAGCGCGCGCAGGUAUCCCUGCUGAUCCGCCGCGACCUCAAGGAACGUGCCAAGGACUUCAACAUCAUCCUCGACGACGUGGCCAUCACAGAGCUGAGCUUCAGCCGAGAGUACACGGCCGCCGUGGAGGCCAAGCAAGUCGCCCAGCAGGAGGCUCAGAGGGCUCAGUUCUUUGUGGAGAAGGCCAAGCAGGAGCAGAGGCAGAAGAUUGUGCAGGCGGAGGGAGAGGCUGAGUCGGCAAAAAUGAUCGGCGCGUCGCUGAGCCAGAACCCCGGCUACCUCAAGCUGAGACGCAUCCGCGCCGCUCAGAACAUCGCCAAGACGGUGGCCGCCUCCCAGAACAGGAUCUACCUGAACUCAGAGAGCCUCAUCCUCAACCUACAGGAGGAGGGCUUCGACAAAGCAAGCAACUUCCUGUCGGUGAAAAAGAAGUGAGUCGAGUGAAACCUUCCUCAUCCCAACCCGACACAGAGGAGGAAGAGGGACACCUUGGGGGAGGCAGGGGGGAAACGCAGCCUGCGGUUUUGUCAGUCGCCGUAAAAAAAAAAAAGCCGCCUCUGUUUUGAGCCGCGCUCGUUGGCACUUGAACGAGAGGGUGAGAUUUGUCAUUUAAUUUGGUUCUCGGACAUUGGAUGAGUUCCGGGUUCGGGUCGGGUGUUAUUUCGAAGCGUGCGAGCACUUGGGCUCCUGUUUCCCCACCAGGAUUUGUGACGGCGAUGACAUGAAUCCCGUCAUGAUUCCAACUGCACUUCCUGGCAUAAUCUUGGCAGGUGCUGACAGGCCAUGUGAUGUUCACACGGCAUUGUGACAUCAUAACGCCUGGGCACAUGAGCACUUACAUGUCCGUGUUGUUGGAUUGCCCAUUCAUCUAUCUCUGCGACUAUCAUCUCUUGGUGUGUCGCUCUCAAGAGCGAAGCCUUCGUCCGCUUCACAGUUUAAGUCUGGAUUAAUCCAAUCAUGACUUUGCCAGUGUGGAAAUAAGUGGCCUAUGCUGCAAGUUGGACCUCUUGAUGCGAGUGCAGGGAAACUGAUGUCCUGCUUCUGAGGGACGGGGCCUAUGAGAUUAAGGUGAUGGGUAACCGCCCCAUGUGGUCAGUCUAAUUGUGAAAUGUUCAAGUUCCAAAUAAAAUAUGGCUUACACAUUC